UUAACGUCUCUCGCACGCUGUCUCGAAAUCUCUCAAGUCUUCGCUUGAAUAGGGACAGUACUCGGGUUCGCUUGAUCCUAUCCUGGGGUGCCCUUGGGUCGCUUUAUGACGGGUUAAGUCAGAAUGUAGUGUUUCAUAACGGUAGUAAAAUGUGACACUCCGCAGUAUCGCUGGACAGACAUACAGGUACGACGUUCUGCAUAUAUGGAUCAACACGGCGGGACAGGUACUGGGAAGAUGCCUGUCUCUGCCCCCAGUGUUACUCGCAGAGACCACCCAGAAGUGAGCAGAGCGAAUCGGUAUUUCCAGAGGCCGCCUGACCAGAGGCAUAUAGAGGCUUCAGGGACCGGCUGGGUGAAAUGCCUCUUUGUGAUAUGAGGAGACCUUUUAGUUCAGACGAUUUAUAGCCCUCUGCGGGAAGCGCCUUUAAACUGCAGGCACUACUGAGAGUGAAUCGAAGGGUAUGUUUGCCCCAGGGUCGAGACUGAGAAGAGUGCCUGAGAUUCGCCCCGCGAUGUAAAUUUUAUCCCAAAUCGUCGGUUUUCUAAAGGUUUAUCAGCAAACACCAAGACUCUCAUCGGCCUGACCCUCCUAGUGAGGCCACUCUGUUCCUGGACAGCGGCACAAGCCUUUACUGCAGGGGGUCUGUGAGCUGCAUGAUUGAGCCAGUGUCUCACAGUGAAAGUCCUCCUCCUUCUCAGUCAGUUUGGAGUCGGCAGUUAUUCUGUCUGUUUUGUAGGAAGUGUUUUAUCAGCAGGGCCGGGUGUGCAGAGCGUGCAGCUCACGCGUGCAGGGACAGGCCCCUAGGGGGCGCUGUUGUGCAGCAGGCGCGGGGCGCCCUGGCGGACUCGGGCCCGCACGUCUGUGGCGGCGGCCCUGAGGGAAACGUGUGGCUCUGCUGGCGUGCGGUUCCCGGCGGGAUCACUCGGGAAGGCCCGCUGGCGGUGAGCUGUCACAUCGAGAAGGCUGGCGCCCCCCUGUGGACAUAUCGUUUACCUGACCCUUAGACCCUGAAUCCUGGCUGCAUCCCGCCUUCGGUCCAGUUCGGUCCAGUUCUGAUUGUGUCAGUGACUGGGUUUCGGCUGGUGCCAGCACUGCACAUUGCUGGCAUAAUGGUCACAGCCCAGCUGCCCAGUUCUGUCCCUAAACCAGCAACAUAGCAGUCCAGUUCCUUCAUUAAACUGAUCUCCCAGCAGUCCAGGUUUAUUCCUGUACUUACUGCCCAGCAUUCCAGUCCAGUUCCUUUGCUAUACUGACCACAUGGCAGUCCAGUCCAGUCCCUUUGCUGUACUGACCUCCACCAACAGCCUGUGUAGCAAGAGCCCGGUGGAGUGAAUGACCUCAACACCUGUCCGGUUUGCUGCCUUCUUGCCUGAGUGUUGCUGGGUAAAGUGAGUGGAAGAGGGACAGUUUCCCAAAGGGAACAGGACUCCUGCUGGGAGGCCCCGAUGUGGUGGCAUCAGCACCACAGUCUGCGACGCUCCAGAAAGGAGACUCCACGCUCCCAGAGGGAAGCUCCAGGUCUGAUCCUGUUCUAGAGUAAGGGCUGAAGUCCAUCUCUCUGUUUUCAAGGGGCCUUCUCUCCUGCCUGCCUCCCCUGGUACAGGGGCCCUGUGCGCCACUCUGCUGCGGCCACUGACCUCCUGUGGCUGGACAGCUCGGAUAAAGAGAUUCUAACAUGACUCUGCACAUUUCUGAGCCACUAUCGGAGCACGAGCAGACCACCGUGCCAGGGGGAAUGACUCAUCCUCUUUUCCUUGCGGAAGGGGAUAAAAGCCACAGUAGAAAGCAGACACACAACACCAGGCAUGAGAGGCCCUGCUGCUGAGAUCAGCGUCAGUAACUAGUCAUUUUAAAUGCACAUCAAGGGCUGAGAGAGAGCAGCUCUUUAAUCCGGCCUAACCCCUGCCAUUGUUUAUUCAUUGACCUGAAUCCUGGCAGAAGAAAAAAGCACACACGCAACCUCAUUAGUGGCAAUACAGUGUGUAAUUAGACCUUCACUGUAACAAGGGCUGUGUUCUAUAAAUAGAGCUCAGUGGAUUAGAAGUGUUCAUCGCUGGUCUCUUUGGUCCCUUAGCACUACUGAAGGGAAGGACAGUGUUGUCAAUGGACCUGGACUGGAACCAGGCAGGAUUUCAAGAGAAGACUUGAAAAUUCGCACAGCUCAAGUCCAGACCGGAGUGUGACCUCUUUCCACAGGUCUCGGGGUUUUACAGAAAUCUCAGAACCUGGCGGCUUGUGGCACCUGGGCACCAGGAGUUGGGGACGUCUGGUGAAAUGAGCAAACUGCCCGUGUCCGUCUGUCGUUUUUGUGGACUGUAGUUGUGGCAGACCGGGACCUACGUAUGUAGUGUGGCUGAGUGCUGGAGGGCUUGGCCUGCCUGCCUCAUUGGCAGAGCACGUGAGCGCAUGCAUUGUUUGUAUUUGCGGAGAUAUCUGUCAGCUGCAGUAGCUGCACAGGUGUGCGCCUCUAGCCCUUAGAGACUAUCAGAGCAGCCUAGUUUUGAUUUUUAGGAAUCCAUGGUAGGUGGACAGCUACCAGUAUUGCCUCAUGGCUCCUGGGAUAAGUUUCAGCGUGAGCACCUUCUUUGUGGAGUUUGCAUGUUCUUCUCAUGUAUUUUCUACAACUGUUCAAGCUUCUUUCGUCCUCCCUGAGACAUGCUAGCUUCUGCUUGACUGGAGCCUCCAACGUGUGCCAGUGUGUCUCCUUGCUAUAGACUGGUGUCCCAUGCAGACUGCAGUCCUGUUUUGUGGAAUAAAUGGCUUUCUGAUAACGGGUGGAUGACUUAAUCUGUUUGAUUUCAGGCCUGCCUGUGUGUGGCCUGUGGGUCAAGCAUGCCACACAUCUCUCUGACUGUUAUGAAGUAGUGCUUCUCCUCCCUCGUCCCCAGGCCUCCCUCCGGCAUGGCAGCGGUGUUGCAGGCGCUGCUUAGCGCCUCGGAGAAAGCAGCGAACAUAGCGCGCGUCUGCAGGCAGGAGGCGCCGCUGUUCGAGCUGCUGGUCCAGGAGAAGACGGGAGCCGACAAGAACAAGAAGUUCGUCCAGGACUUCAAGACGCUGGCCGACGUGGUCAUUCAGGAGAUGAUCAAGCACGACGUGGGCAAACAGUUUCCAGAGCUGGUGGGCUUCAUCAGCGGAGAGGAGUCCAACAAGUUCGAGAACGGACUGGGCGAGAGCGUGACGGUGCGGGUGUGCGACACGCCGCGGGAGACGGCCGCCCUGCUCAGCGCGGUUCUGGACGGCAACCGGACGGCGGCCUCUCUGCUGGCCCAGGCCGUCCACCAGGACCUGGAGGUCAGCGACCCGGCCGCCGCCAGCCUGCAGCUGGACGUGAGCCCCGACAGCCUCGGCGUCUGGAUCGACCCCAUCGGUACGGCGUUCCCCGGCGUGGGGCGAGUCGCCCGGCUCCAAAAGACCAGUCUCCCAUCCUAAACCCGUUACUUGUUUCCCUUGCUUUUCCUCGCGUUCUGUUUGCUGAACGUGCUUUGAACUCGCAGGCUCAACCAUUCCUUCUUUCGGGCAAGAGCCAGGACUGACCACACAGAAUUGUGCAGCUCUUUUCUGCCAGAGGGCCUGAUGGUUUUCAUCUCGGCUGAUCCU